CCUCCCACCGCCGCUUCAUCUUUUUGUCGUUAAGGGCAACCACAGGAUGGAAGCGCACACACAUGCAUGCACAAGACGACAAGAUGACUAGUGUUUAUUUUAAAUAGGAGGGUGGAACAUGUCCAUUUUCAGAAUUUCGGGGUCGAACUGAGCCCCAAAGCCCAAGAUCAUUUGAAGCCUUCUCUUAUUUCCCUCUUCCCUGUCCUCCACCGCUCUUCCUACCUGCUCCAAUUCGUUUCCGGCAGCCAGCGGAGAAGGAGGAAGGGCCCGCCGGCGAGCACUCGGAAGCGGGCGACGAGCGUUCGCGGCAGCCGAGGGAAGGUAAGCCGCGCGCGUGUCGUUGCUUUCCCGCUGACGGCAAUUCGACGCGCAGGCAGGGCGGGAUGGGGGCUGAAACGCGCGCCGGAACCUGCCAACGAGCGACAUUUUCCUCCUCUAUUCGCCUCUCAUCAUCACCACCAUCACCACCACAUAUGUCGCCAUCCUAAGGGGCCGUUUUGGAGAACAACAAGACAACCAUACAGGAAAAGAGUCCCGUCAUGGCUUCCAAACUCAACCCCAACGUUCUAUACGUGGCGGAACCCGGCGAGUCGACCCGGGCGGACCCCGAGAGGACCCCUCUCGCCGGCGACGCGGGAGACGAGUCCUCCGACAGCGACGGGGAGCAAGAGACGUCGCACAAGCUGAUCCGCAAAGUGUCCACCUCGGGUCAGAUGCGGGCCAAGAAGAGUGUGAAAGAGGGAAUCCUGUUGAAGCAGACAAGCUCCUUCCAAAGAUGGAAGCGCCGCUACUUCAAGCUCCGAGGCAGGACACUGUACUACGCCAAGGACUGCAAGUCUCUGAUUUUUGACGAGGUGGACCUGUCAGAUGCUAGCGUGGCCGAAACGGGCCCAAAGAACAUCAACAACAGCUUCACGGUGAUCACUCCUUUUCGCAAAUUGAUGCUGUGUGCUGAGAACAGGAAAGAAAUGGAAGACUGGAUCGGGGCUCUCAGAUCAGUCCAGAAAUGGGAAAUCUACGAGGCCAGCCAGUUCAACAUGGAGCAUUUUUCGGGCAUGCACAACUGGUACGCGUGCUCCCAUGCCCGACCCACUUUCUGCAACGUCUGCAGAGAGGCUCUGCCGGGCGUCACCUCCCAUGGACUUUCUUGCGAAGUAUGCAAAUUUAAGGCUCACAAGCGCUGCGCGGUUCGUUCCACCAACAACUGCAAGUGGACCACGCUGGCCUCCAUCGGGAACGACAUCAUCGAAGAUGAGGACGGGGUGUCCAUGCCCCACCAGUGGCUGGAAGGCAACCUGCCCGUCAGCGCAAAGUGCGUGAUGUGCGACAAGAACUGCGGCAGUGUGCGAAGGCUGCAAGACUGGCGCUGCCUGUGGUGCAAGGCUAUCGUCCACAACAGCUGUAGAGAACAAAUGGGCAAAGUUUGCCCUCUGGGUCAGUGUCGGGUGUCCAUUAUCCCUCCUACUGCACUUAACAGCAUCGACUCUGACGGCUUCUGGAAGGCUACAUCGGCAUCCUGUUCCAGCCCUCUUCUGGUCCUGGUCAACUCCAAAAGCGGGGACAACCAGGGGGUUAAGUUCCUCCGCAAGUUCAAGCAGCUCCUCAACCCAGCCCAAGUCUUUGACCUGAUGAACGGAGGGCCGGAGCUCGGCCUGCGCCUCUUUCAGAAGUUUGUGACAUUUCGCAUCCUAGUGUGCGGGGGUGACGGCAGCGUGGGCUGGGUGCUUUCAAUGCUGGAUAAACUCAAUCUUCACAAACAGUGCCAGCUUGGUGUGCUACCGCUGGGUACCGGGAACGACCUAGCCCGCGUUCUGGGCUGGGGGGGCCUCUGCGAUGAUGACGCCCAGCUGCUGCAGAUCUUAGAGAAGCUGGAGAGGGCCACCACCAAAAUGCUGGACCGCUGGAGCGUGAUGACCUACGAGGUUCCCGCCACUUCUAAACAUGCCCCGUCAGGCAAGGAAGACGACAUCCUUGAAUGCCCCCUGCAGGUUCACAUCACUCAGUAUGCCGACUCGGUGGCGUCCCACCUGGCUAAAAUCCUGGAUUCAGACAAACACAGCGAUGUCAUUUCCUCUGCCAGGUUCCUGUGUGGGACGGUGAACGAGUUUGUGGCCGAGGUGGGCAAAGCGUAUGAGAGAGCCACGGAGAACAAGGAGGAAGCGGACGCCAUGGCAAAGAAGUGUGCUUUGCUAAAUGAGAAGCUGGAUUCCCUUGUCAAAGCCUUAAGUGAGGAAGCUGAAGCUCAGGUUGUUCCGGCGGGUUCCCCGGCUGGCGGAGGAGACUGUGGCUCCGGCCCUGAUAAAGACGGCGACGACGGGUGCUCCGAUGGCCAAACGUACCGCUCCAGGGAGCAGCUAAUGCUGCGUGCAAACAGUCUGAAAAAGGCGCUAAGGCAAAUCAUCGAACAGGCCGAGAAAGUGGUGGACGAGCAGAACCGACACACUCAAGUCCACAGGAUGUGGUCAGCAUCUUCCGUCAAACAGGAAAACAGUGAGGAGCUCAAGGAUGCCGAGAUGCGCACAUGCUAUAAAAAUUUAAGUCCAUCAUCACCCAUCGUGCUGGAAAAAUCGGCAAACCUCCACACGGUCAACUACAAUGAGGACUCUGUACAAUGCUGGGAGAAGUGCGUGAUGAACAACUACUUUGGCAUCGGCCUGGACGCCAAGAUCUCGCUGGAGUUCAACAACAAGCGCGAUGAACAUCCGAAAAAGUGCAGCAGUCGCACAAAAAACAUGAUGUGGUACGGAGUCCUAGGGACUAAAGAGCUGGUCCAGAAGACCUACAAGAACCUGGAGCAGAGAGUUCAGCUGGAGUGCGACGGCGUCGCUGUUCCUCUGCCCAUUCUCCAGGGCCUAGCGGUGCUCAACAUACCUAGCUAUGCCGGGGGGAUCAACUUCUGGGGAGGCACCAAGGAGGACAAUAAUUUUGGCGCACCGUCUUUUGACGACAAAAAGCUGGAAGUAGUAGCGGUGUUUGGCAGUAUGCAAAUGGCCAUGUCCAGAGUCAUCAACUUGCAGCACCACCGGAUUGCGCAGUGUCGCCAGGUAAAGAUCACCAUCUUGGGGGAUGAGGGUGUCCCCGUACAAGUGGACGGCGAGGCCUGGAUCCAGCCACCGGGAAUCGUCAAGAUACUCCACAAGAAUCGAGCUCAGAUGCUGACCAGGGACAGGGCGUUUGAGAGCACAUUAAAGUCAUGGGAGGACAAGUUGAAGAUCGACAGCGAUCGGGCCAACAGGCCCCGCCUCAACUCGCAGCAGUCCAUGGAGUACCUGACGGAGGAAGAGUGCGCUCAGGUGCAGCAGCUGGGCUUGGUGGCUGAAACGCUCAUCAGCAAGAUACGUGAGGCUGCUAAGAUCCACAAGCUGGUGGAGCAAGAGCUGGCGCACGCUGUCAACGCCAGUGCCGUUGUGCUGACUGAGGCCAAGCUGUCCAGCCCCGAGUUUCUGAGUCGCAGCACAGCCGUGGAAAUCGUCAACAGCAGCAAAGUUCUGCAGGCGGAGACGACAAUGCUUCUGGAUGGCAAACAUCUAUCCGAUUCACCUGAGGAAGAGGAGCUCCGCCUAACAUUGAGCAGCCUGAGUGGCGAGCUCCACAAGUUGGACGACAUCCACUGGAUCUGUCCGCUGAUGCACUGUGCCGAGGAGGAGUCUGUGCGUCCCUGUAGUAAAAGCAGCAUGAAGUUGAAGAUCAUGCCCAAGGUGAAGAGGGAGAAGGAGAAGCUACACAAGCAGAAGUCCAACAGCUCGCUCUCAGGAACAUUGGACGUCAAAACCGCGACUCCUGACGCAGAACCGUCAGCCAACUGAGCUUCUUUUGGGCGGAGCGCUUGACUUUUGUUAGCCAACUUCUGAACGAGGAGGCGCCGACGACGUUUCCCCCGCUGUACUUUUCGUUUCGAGACGUGUCUGCCGCGCUACCGAAAGAGCCCGCAAUGAAUGUGUCCUGUCUGAAACGGUGUUUACACGUCGCCCGCGCGCCGAGCGCGGUCAGCUUAUUCAAGCGUCGCAAACGAAACUGCCUUCGGAUUGAAGCGAACCGCCCGGGGACGCCUUGUUGCUAUGCUAGCGACCUUCCGUGACAAGAAACAAACAUAUUGAAUGUAUUUGUGUGUUGAGCUGUGAAUAUUACUACCGCUAAUAAUGUGCACAUGCAAGGUUUUCAAGUGGUUCUUAGUUUUUUUUUUAGGCUUGCAGUGGCCUCACUGGUACCGGGAGUUGCUAACAAACAGCUGAUUGUGGAUGUAACGCAGCGUUCCCAAUUGUUGUUCUCUUUUGCUGCCUCCCGUGCAUUCAUGUACGUGAUCGUGUUGAACUUAAGCGCUUGUCGUGAGGGGUGCCGCGGCUGCGCGCUAUUCAUUUAGGAUGCUGAAGACGCUCGGACGGCCUGCCGCCUUUUUGCCUUUGGGGCUUUCGUGGUGUCGUGUGCCAAGCGGAGCAUGCGCGUAACGUGGCGUCCAUUUCAAAUUGACUGUCUUGCCUUGCACUUUACACACUUCUCGGUGGGAGGAACGCGGCAACGGGAUGAAGAAUAUGAAUGUUGUGAGGAAAUAUUCAAGAUUUCAUGUAAACACACACGUGCCCGUCGAAGUGAUACGUCGUUCCCGUCCGCCGGUGCAACCAUUUGAAGCUUAAAGCCAAAGCUUAAAAGGUGGACUCAUGAAUCGCUGAUUGAUUUACGACUCGCGUAGUAGAAUAUGUGUGACUUUUUUCAAAACUGUAUCAUCGACUUGCUUCGAAGUUGGCAAUUCGUGUGCUGGUUUAAAAAAGGCGAGCUGAAGUAUAUUUAAACUAAUGAUUGCUUUCAUGUUAUUUAACAGGGUUCCGCAGAGUCCCACAUGUGUGCGUGUUGCCAAUUGUUUAAGACAAAGACAAGUUGUCAGGGCUUUGAAUUGAUUGCAAGGUUUACAAUGAAAAACACGCGGACCUACCCUUGGACUGACACCGCCACUAGCUAGAAGACAAACAAGGGUGUUAUCAGAACCUUACAACAGAGAAAUGAUAGAAUACUAAGCCUGCUUGCUCGGGUGAGAGGCAAAACAUGAAGGAUAACCUACGACCUGGCAAAAAAUAUGGAAUCACCAGUCUCGGACGAGCACUGACUCAGAAAUUUUAUCUUGUAGGACAAACUCAUAAAAAAGCUUGAAAAAAUAAUGAAUUAGUUCAAAAGUGCAACUCUUUAGCAUUCAGAAACACUAAAAGAAUGAAUAAAAAACGUUGUGGUGGUCAGUAAAUGAUAAUUUUAUCGCGCAAGUGCAGGGAAAUUUAUAUGGAAUCACUCCAUUCUAUGGAAAAAAAAUCUGGAAUCGUGAGAAACAAACAAAGAAAUAACAAUCAAAACAUCUCGAGUAUUUAGUAGUAGUCUCUGAGGCAUGGACUUGAUGAGUAUUCUUCAUCAAUUUGGUGCCAGCUCUCUUUGAUUGUAGCUGCCAAUGCAGAUUCUUGACAAGGUGAUGAUGCUGGGACUUUUGUUUGGUGCCGUUCCAGUGAGAUUUACAAAGAUGACUGCCUGAAGAGGACAUUGAAAUUCCCUCAGUCCUUGAUGAUAUGGGGCUAAAUGUCAGGCAGAGGCACUGGAGAGAUGGCUGUGGUUAAAUCUUCAAUAAAUGCACAAGUUUACAUUGAAAUUUUAGACAGCUUUCUUAUCCCUUCAAUUGAAAAUGUCAUUUUCCAAGAUGAUAAUGCAUCAUGCCACAGAGCUAAAACUGUUAAAGCAUUCCUUGCAGAAAGACUCGUCCAGUCAAGGUCAUGGCCUGCAAAUAGCCCAGAUCUCAACAAUAUUGAAAACCUGUGGUGGAAAUUGAAAAAAAAAAUGGUCCACAGCAAGGCUCUGACCUUCAAGGAUCAGGCAACUGCAAUCAACGAGAGUUGGCACCUAUGAAAGAAUAUUGCACAAUUUUACAUUGAAAUUUUAGAAAGCUUUCUUAUCCCUUUAAUUGAAAAUAUGUCAUUUUCCAAGAUGACAACACAUUAUGCCACAGAGCUAAAACUUAAAGCAUUCCUUGGAGAACGACUCAAAGAUGGUCCACUUUAAUGUGACUUGUCCCGUUUACACAGUCAAGACCCACACUCGAGUUGGAAAAACAUGGAACAAAAGUUCCAGCAUCAUCACCUUGUCAAGAGUCAAGAAUGAAUUGGACAAGGUGUCAAGAAUCUGCAUUGGACAAGGUGAUGAUGCUGGAACUUUUGUUUAGUGGUGUUCCAGUGAGAUUUUCAAAGAUGACUCCCUGAAGACGACAUCAUAAUUCCCCUCAGUUCUUGAUGAUAUGGGGCUAAAUGUCAGGCAAAAGCAUUGGGGAGAUGGCUGUGGUUAAAUCUUCAAUAAAUGCACAAGUUUACUUUGAAAUUUUAGAAAACUUUCUUAUCCCUUCAAUUGAAAAUACCGUAUUGGCCUGAAUAUAAGACAGUGUUUUUUUGCAUUGAAAUAAGAUGACAAAGUGGGGGUCAACUUAUAUUCGCGGUCUAGACAUUAUACCCAUUCACGAGGCUAGAUGGCGACAGAUAUCAUUGAAGCGAUGUUCUGUCAUGACAGAUCUCCGCUACUCUCAAGUUGAACUAGUUUGCAUUAUUUUAUUGCAAUGUUUUUCCUUAUUCAGAUUUGUUUCAAGACUACAGUUAUAGACUUCACUUUGAUGGUUAAUGCAGUUAUUGCAAUUGCGGUUUUAUCACAAUAGAUUGGUUUAUUUUAGGGCUGUCAAACGAUUAAAAUUUUUAAUCGAGUUAAUAACAGCUUAAAAAUUGUAAUCGCAAUUCAAACCAUCUAUAAAAAAAUGCCAUAUUUUUCUGUAAAUUAUUGUUGGAAUGGAAAGACACAAAGACGACUGAUAUAUGUUCAACAUACUGUACAUAAGUACUGUGUUUAUUAUAAAGAUAAAUCCACAAGAUGGCAUUAACAUUGACAUUCUUUGUUAAAGGGAUCCACAGAUAUAAAGACUUGUUCUCAAAAGAUAAAUUUACGUACUAGUAAUUUUAUUUUAAAAUCCCUCUUCAUGUUUUUGUUUUAAUAAAAUUUGUAAAAUUUUCAAUCAAAACAUAAACUAGUAGCUCGCCAUUGUUGAUGUCAAUAAUUACACAAUGCUCAUGUUGCAUAAAAUCAGUUGCACCCAAGCGCCAGCAGAGGGAGAUUAAAAAACAAGUAAAAUGUGGACAUGACACUGCUGUCAUUUUAAUCUGUUUGAGCGGGGCAUGUGCGUUAAUUGUGUCAAAUAUUUUAACGUGAUUAAUUUAAAAAAUUAAUUACUGCCCGUUAACGCGAUAAUUUUGACAACCCUAGUUUAUUUACAUUUCAAAAACCAGAAGCCAUUCAUUUACGAAUGUGAUUGCACUUUGGUUUACAUAUUUAAAUGUUCAGAUAUUAAGAUUUGAAUGAGGCAAAAUAACAUGCUUUUUCUCUCAAAAUGUUGUUAUAAUCAUUUGUUUCAGAUGCACUGCAAUUAUUUUCUGUAUAAAAUUUAGUGUUCAAAAAGUCUUUUGUCAAACUCGAGUCUUGAAAAAGAGGGGGUCUUCUUAUAAUCAGGGCCAAUACGGUAUGUCAUUUUCCACGAUGACAAUGCAUCAUGCCACAGAGCUAAAAAACUUAAAGCAUUCCUUGGAGAAAGACUCAUCCAGUCAAUGUAAUGGCCUGCAAAUAGCUCCGAUUUCAACCCCAUUGAGAACCUGUGGUGGAAAAUGGAAAAAAAAUUGUCCACAGCAAGGCUCCGACCUGCAAGGUUUAACCACAGCCGUCUCCCCAGUCCCUUUGCCUGACAUGUAGCCCCAUAUCAUCAAGGACUGAGGGAAUUAUGUCUUCUUCAGGCAGUCAU